ACUGAACGACAUGGAGUUCCUUGAAGGAUUGUUAUUUUGUCUCAUGGUUAAUGGAAUAAGCAGUAAUAAAUACUACUACAAAAGAAUUGGAAACGGAUUCGAUGUCAUAUUUGGCCCACACGCUAUUGGAGACUAUAAGGAGUUGAAACCUCCAAAAUCGAUUAAAGUUAAUUAUGAUAUGAGAGGAGAGCGACCAGGAGAAUGUAUCGACGGGCGGUUUCUUUGCAGAAUCCCUUAUCAACGAUCGAUGACGGAACACUUUGAGUGUAUUUCCGAUUAUCAAUGUCCAAGAUUUCAUAAAUGCUGCCAACUUAAAUGUUUCAUUCAUAAAGUCUGCCAACCAGCAUUUGGUGCUGAUCUUUCUACCACCAUACGAUCAACAUCUUAUAAAGAAACAAGUACUUCAACAGAAACCACGCAACCUCCUGAACCACCGCCACAAGUAAAUCUUGACACUAGAACCUCUACACAUCCGAUAAAAACCACUGAAGUUACCUCUAACGAAUCUCCCCCAUCAGAACCAUCCGAAAAAACAAAAACCUCCAAAAUCACUACCAGAGAACCAGUGACAAAUAUAUCUCAAAAAAUAACGAUUUCAUCAACAACAACAUCUGGAGAAACGAGAAAAGAAUCAUCUAAAGAGUCCACGAAAGCUACAGCUGGUAUAACUAAUAAAAUAAAUGAAAUAUCAUCAACUGUGAUGACUUCAAAUACCGAGAUAAAUACAUCUACUGAAGCUAGAGAACAAAAAACUAUUACAAUCACCACCAGAUCACCAAACAUUGAAUAUGAAAACAUGGCAGAAAUCAGAGCAUCUUUAGAAAUAAAAGAUGAAACCACUACUGGAAUGGUUAUGAAUAGAACUGAAUCACCAACAACUAUCGAAAUAAAUACAUCGACUGAAUCUUUGAAACCAACAAUCGGUCAGGUUACUAUGGAAGUACUUCCGAUAAAAGAAUUGUCUGCAACCGAAAUAACAAGUACAAACAUGAGAAAGAUAGAUCCGAAAUCUACUGAAAUCACCAUAGUUUCACCACUAGUUGAAACUGAAACAGCAUCAAACAUCGAAAUUAGUGUAUACAAAACAUCUACUGAACUCAUGAAGUCAACAUCAAGUUUUUCUGAAUCAUCUGAAACAACAAUAACAGGACAACCAAAUACUACCGAAGACACCAUGGGUCGACCUGAACCGCAAACAAAAUCAUCGGCAGGAACUACAGAAAGUGAAACGACAGAUAUAGGGUCAAAUACUGAAAUAACCUCUAAUAAAUUUUCCGAACCAGAAUCAACAGCUCAGACUGAAACAUCUUCAAAAAUUGAACAACAAACAUCUAAUGAAUAUGCCAUGGAAUAUUCUACAACAAUUUCCUCAGAAUAUAUUCAGUCUACUGGAGUUGAUAUUUUGGCAAAGAAUGUCACCACCAUUUCUGCAGAAAUACAAAUAAAAAAAUCUGAUAAAACUGAAAUGAUUGAAAAUUCUAACAUCCGCAUAACGUAUGCAAAUGAAACAAGCAGUCAAAAAACAGUAACCUCAAAAGGAAAUACGUCCACGAGAGAAACUGUUUACUCAACUAACUUUUCCCCUAGUACGGAAACAUCAGCGACAAUGAAUAUAAAUGAACCUUCAGCAAAACUACAAGGGUUUUCUCAAAAUAGGACAGCUCAUGACAUGAUGGAAUCGGGAUUUGGUAGUGGUGACGGUAGUGGUAAUGGUAGUGAAGAUGAUACAGAAGCAGGAGUUAGUGACAAAUCUAAUAAAACUCCCCAAAAAGAAUCAGAAAUAAAUAAGAAUGCAACUACCACGACAGAAACCUUCGAGGAUGAUGAAGACAUGAUGAAAUCGGAAUUUGGUAGUGGUGACGGUAGUGGUGAUGGUAGUGAAGAUGAUACAGAAGCGGGAGGUAGUGACAAACCUGACAAAACUUCCCAAAAAGAGUCAGAACUACAUAAAAACGCAACUACUAUGACAGAAACUUCCGAGGUUGGUGAAGACAUGAUGGAAUCGGGAUUUGGUAGUGGAGACGGUAGUGGUAAUGGUAGUGAAGAUGAUACAGAAGCAGUAGGUAGUGAAAAACCUGAUAAAACUUCCCAAAAAGGGUCAGCACUAUAUAAGAAUGCAACUUCUAUACCAGAAACCUUCGAGGAUGAUGAAGACAUGAUGGAAUCGGGAUUUGGUAGUGGUGGCGGUAGUGGUAAUGGUAUUGAAGAUGAUACAAAAGCGGAUGGUGGUGACAAACCUGAUAAAACUUCCCAAAAAGAGUCAGAACUAUAUAAGAAUGCAACUACCAAAGCAGACACCUCCAAGGUUGAUCAAGACAUAAUGGAAUCGGGAAUUGGUAGUGGUGACGGUAGUGAUAAUGGUAAUAAAAUCAAUACAGAAGCGGAAGAUAAUGACAAUUCUAAUAAAAAUCCCCAAAAAGGGAUGGAACUAGAUGAGAAUGCAACUAUCAUGGCAGAAAUAUCCAAGGAUGAUAACGACAUGAUGGAAUCGGGAUUUGUUAGUGGUAAUGGUAGUAAAAAUGAUACAGAAGCGGUUAGUAUUGACAGAUCUGAUGAAACUUUCCAGAAAGGGUUAGAACUAGAUAAGAAUGUAACUACCAACGCAGAAUCCUCCGAGGAUGAUAAACCCAUGAUGGAAUCGGAAUUCGGUAGUGGUGAUGGUAGUGGUAAUGGUGAUGAUAAUACAGAAGCGACACGUAGUCAUAAACCUAAUAAAACUCUCCAAACAAGUUCGGAACUACUCAAGAACACUACUGAAAUUACUACCACUUCACCAGAAACUACAGAAUCAACAACCAGUUUCACUGAUGAAGGGUAUGGAACAAAGACAGAUCAGUUCAGCAAAAUGGUCGUUGACGAAAAAAGAAAAAUAAACAUAUCUUCCACUGCGCCGGGCGAUCGAUCCGAUGAGAUAAUUGUCACAGGGUCUACCAAUUUUACGACUUCAACAGGUAGUGACAUACCUGAUAAAACUCCCCAAGAAGAGUUGGAAGAAAAUGCAAUAUCCACAGCGGAUGCCUUCGAGGAUGGUGAAGACGUGAUUGGAUCAGGAUUUGGUGGUAGUGACAAUAGUGGUAAUAAGAGUGAAGAUGAUACAGAAGUGGGAGGUAGAGACAAACCUAAUAAAACUCCUCAAAAAGGGUCGCAGCUUCAUGAGAAUGUAAGAAGUCGAGCCGAUACAUUCGAAGAUGGCAGUGAUGAUGGUGGUGAAGAUAAUACAGAAGCGACAGAGAGUCACAAACCUAAUAAAACUAUUCAAAUAAUUCCGGAACAACUGUAUAACACUACUGAUAUCAACAGCACGUCACCAAAAGUUGAAGUUGAAACAUCAGCAAAUACAAGAAAUAGUUCACCGACAAAAAUAGGUGAUAAAACGGCGACUGGAAUCAGUAUGGAUCAAACUCAAUCACCCACAACUACUAAUAUAAAUACAUUCAAAGAAUCCAUAAAACAAAUAGCGAACAAUAACAAAACAACUGUGGAAAUUACGGAAAUACUUUCGGUAGAAGAAUCGUCUGCAAACACCACCACCACUCGAUCCGGUGAUAUACUUGUCACAGGGUCCACCAAUUUUACGAAAGCAACAGGUAGUGACAAACCUCAUUUUACUCUACAAAAUGAGUUGGAAUUAUAUAAGAAUGCAACAUCCACAGCGAACACCUUCAAAGAUGAUGAAGACAUGAUGGGAUCAGGAUUUGGUAGUGGUGACGGUAGUGGUAAUGGUAGUGAUGAUGAUACAGAAGCCGCUGGUAGUGAUGAACCUGGUAGAACUCACCAAAAAGGGUGGGAACUACUGAAUAAUUCAACUACCAGGGAAGAUGAAGUCAUCAUAUGAUGGUAGCGGUAAUGGUAUUGGAGACGGUUGUUUUUGAACCAACAGACAUAUUUUGAAACACCUGGGAAAAUAGGUCGCAUUCAAUUGAAAUUUCAGUUUCUGCUAUUUGAUUGAAACGACUGAUUCGAAGUAAAAAAAUCACUUUCAGCUCAAAAUAUAAACCAAUUUACAACAGUAGAUAUGUACCAACGUUACAAACUAUGUGGUUUAGUGCAUUCCUUCGAAGUCGAUUAUUCAUUUAAAUAGCUUUAUUGUAGCCUUGUAUGAAUCUUCUCAGCAUAUAGCGUAUUCUUUUAUCCUCUGGAAAAUAAUAUAAUUUCCAAUAUGCGAUAGAAAAAAAUCUCUUGUCUUAUAUUUUUUAGAUCUUGUCGCCAACAAUCUCGAGACUUGUUCUUGAAACUGUUGACUCGGAAUCAAUAUCAGAACGCAAGUAACCAAGAGGCACUAUUUUGAAUAGCAUCAAGUUUUAACUGAGAAGAUAUUUUUUAUAUUGAUUGGUUAGCAUAUCAAAAAAAGUAAAACAAAACAUUUAAAAAAUUAGGAAUGUAUACUUUAUUCACGAUUUUUUUAGAAAGAAUGUGUUUUCAGAAUGUUUUGAAUAGAAAUUAUUUGUAACUUCGAAACAACCACAACAUACCUGUGAUGCACUGCUUGGAACCCUUGGUGUAGUAAUGAAUAUUACUGGAGUGUAAUACCAACACCAAACCGUUAUUUUAACACCUCGACACUUGUUUCGAUCACCAAGUGAUCAUCCUCUAGUGGAAGAUUAAACUUCCACCCUUCCACCAAGUGAUCAUCUUCAAAGGGAAGAUUAAACUUCCUCUUGAAGGUGAUCACUUGCUGAUCGAAAUACGUGUUGUCGUGUUACAAAUAAUGGUUUAGUGUUGAAAUAAAACUCCAGUAAUAUUAACCACAACAUAAUAAAAAUUGAUUGAUGUAAAUCCAUCCGAAAAGGGUGUUUCAUGUAUAUUAUAAGUAUAACUAGAAUUUUUCGAAAUAAUUGGAGAUGGAUCAUAACUGAAUUGUUUUAAUUCAGUUAUGGUCCAUCUUAUUCAGUUGUGACAAUUGUUUUUGGGGUAAAACAUAUGGAAUUCGAAACAAACAUAUUGGAGCUGAGAUUUUUCAUAAAAACCCGUAUAUAUUUUAUUUUCACCUGAAUGUCAAGAACUUCAAAUAGGAACCUUUAUAUAUUCAAACUCUUUGACAGAUUAUGAAUUUUUCUUUCAACGAGCCAUUUUCUAUAAAUAAAAAAUACGGGACUAUGAGGUCAUCCAUCAAAAUAUUGUCAAACAACUUGAGUUACGAGUAGUGAGAAACAUCUUUCGAAGAAAAUUCAAGGAUUGAAAAUUUUCACCUAUUUCUAAGGUCAUUUUUACUUCAUUUAUUUCGAAAAUCUCAAUAGAUUCUAACCUCAACUUCAAAGGGUACCUCUUGUACCACAAAAAAAAUGUUGAAGGUUCUAUGCCAUUCAUUUUUCUGUACCAUUGAAAAAGUGCAUUUUUUAUUUUCGACAAUAAAUACUUUAUAUAGAGUUAAAGUAGAAAGCUUUAAAACUUCCACUUUUUAUUUGACACAGAAAAAUGAUUCGCAUAGUAUCUUAGAGCUCUAAUUUAAUUUUACCCAUUCUUUUCGAGUUGAAUUAAGUAAAACUUGGCAUUGAAAAUUUAUUGUAAACUACAUGAAUUUUUGAAAACUCUCAAUUCUCAUUGGGAAAAAACAAACAUCCUCUAUUGUUUCUCACAACAUUGAGUUGUUUGACAAUACUUCCAUAGAUGAUGUCAUACUACCGUUGCAUUGAACUUGGAGAAAAUGGCUCAUAUGGUAUCAUUUCGAAAAGAAAUGGUUACUCGUGUCAAAUAGUUGAACACAGAAUUGUAUAUUGUAUCAAGUGGUCCCAAAAAAUAUACAUAGUUUGAUUUCGAAUUCUUGUCUUGAUUUCAUUUUCAGAAAUAGGUUUUCAGUUAUUUUUUCAUUAUGAAUAUCAUCUCCAUGGAACAGUGUAUUAAUUCCGAAUUUCAGAAAUAACCCUCAUCGUCCUGUGUACUAUGUUUCAUAAAAUCAAUCAUUGUUGAGUAUCAAAUGAGAAAUGGAAUUUCUUAAAUUUUUUUUUGUUUGGAAAAUGUGAAAAACUUAAGUUAAUCAAGUUCAAACUUAUUGAAAAUGCAAUAUGUUAAUCAAAUAAUGGAACGUUAUUUUUUAUAUUGUAUAUUAUUCUCGAAAGGAAAUAAAUUCACACCAUUUAUUCAAUCAUUUAUGUCAUUUAUAUUUUCAAUUAUGAAAAAAUAAACAAGAUUUUCUUGGUUAAGUGAA